GGUCGAGCCAUCCCUGAUUCCUCUCACGCACUCCGCACCAAGCAAAGCGACCAACCCACCCACCGCACCACACCGUCACAUCUCGUUCGCUCUAGCUGUUCGUGGUCCCACAGGUCAGCCAGCCACCAGCCCACCAGCCAUGUGCGGCGGCGCCAUCCUCUCCGACAUCAUCCCGCCGCCGCGGCGGGUCUCCGCUGGCCACCUCUGGCCGGAGAAGAAGAAGCCGAGGAGGGCCGGCGAGGGGAGGAGGCCCCGGCGCGGGCCCGAGGAUGAGGAGGUGUUCGAGGUGGAGGACGAGAAGGACUUCGAGGCCGACUUCGAGGGGUUCGAGGUGGAGUCCGGGGAGUCGGAGCUCGAGUCCGACGACGAGAUCAAGCCCUUCGCCGCCCCCAGGAGCGGGGUCGCCAGAGAUGGAUUAAAUACAACUGCAGCUGCUGUUGAUGGCCCUGCUGCGAGAUCAGCUAAAAGGAAGAGAAAGAACCAAUUCAGGGGUAUCCGCCGACGCCCGUGGGGUAAAUGGGCUGCUGAAAUCAGAGAUCCGCGCAAAGGUGUUCGUGUCUGGCUUGGCACUUUCAACUCUCCUGAAGAAGCUGCCAGAGCCUAUGAUGCUGAGGCACGCAGGAUUCGUGGCAAGAAGGCCAAAGUCAACUUCCCAGAUGAGGCUCCAAUGGCUUCUCAGAAGCGCCACGCUGAGCCUACUUCUGUGAAGGUGCCCAAGUUGGACGCAGAAGAGAAGCCGAUUAUCAAGCCAGCAGUCAACAACAUGACCAACUCAAAUGCGUAUUCCUACCCUGUUGUUGACUACACCUUACAUGAGCCAGCUGUGCAGAUUCAAAACAUGUCUUAUGUUCCUGGGAUGAAUCUUGUUCCUCUCACGCAGGAGCCUUUCAUGAAUCUAUCCUCUGAUCAAGGGAGCAACUCUUUCAGUUGCUCGGACUUCAGCCUGGAGAAUGACAUCAGGACCCCUGACAUUACAUCUGUGCUUGCACCUGUUCCCACCUUGACAGAGGCUGAUGAGACUGAAUUCCUCCAGAGCACCAAUAAUGCUACUGUACCUCCUGUGAUGGGCAAUGCUAGCGUUGAUCUUGACUUAGAACCAUAUAUGAAUUUCCUGAUGGACAGUGGUUCAGAUGAAUCAAUGAACACCCUUUUGAGCUGUGACGGAUCCCAGGAUGUGGUCAGCAACAUGGACCUUUGGAGCUUUGAUGACAUGCACUUUUCUGCUGGUUUCUUCUGAGGUUCUGAGGCCUAGCGAUUGGUGUAUGUACAUAGGGACAAAGGGAAUAAAUAUUCCGGAGAUGAAGAAGCGCUCGUGUCAAGCGCCUACUGGCGUGCGGCAGCGAUGUUAGUAUAUGCUUAGUGCGCAGUUGCUUUGUUAAGUACUCGUUGGAAAUAGACAUUUACCUUAUUUGACUAUCUAUCCAUGACAACUAUUAUGAGUCUGGAUCAUCGUAUUCUGCUUCUACCUUUUCUGCCAUUUUAAUGUCUAUGAACAUCGUGAAUCUGUAGACAAUGUGUUAUGCGUGUAUUGUUAUAAAUUUGGGUGUUGUUUGCUGUCCAA